AAGAAAAAAGUGGGUAAUAGAGCUCGAGUUGAAGCUUCUAUUAUUGAAGCUUAUAUGAUAGAGGAAGUCUCAACAUUUUGUUCAUCAUACUUUGAACCAAACAUCCAAUCACGACUAAAUCGAAUUCCACGAAAUGAUGAUGGAGGAGCAGUAGAUUCUUCUAGCGGGUUGUCAAUUUUUACUCACCCAGGACGAGCACUUGGCUCUCGAGUUGCAGUUAGAUAUCUUAAAGAUGAUGAGUUAAAAGCUGCCCAUAGAUACAUCUUGAUGAAUUGUGACGAGAUCGUUCCACUUAUGACGUAAUUUCUUUAAUCAUACAUUUCUCUCUCAUUAUUUUAGCAAUUGAGAAUUCAAAGUCAUAAUAAUCACUUGAUAAAUGUAGGAAAUUUAUUGAAGUAAAGAAACAACAAUAUUCAGGGAUCAAUGACAAGGAACUUCAAAUAUUAUGUGAUCAAGAAUUUCCUCAAUGGUUACUCACUUAUAUUCAAGAACAUCCUUUUGAGGUUGAUGAUGACAUAAAGAAGCUAGCACAUGGUCCAAAUCGACGGGUUUCAAGUCAUAAAGGAUACUUUGUCAAUGGAUUUAAAUUUGAGACCAUGGAACAUGGGCGUUACAAAGCAACAUCAAAUUAUGGUGUUUGUGUGUUGGGGAGCACCGUCAAUGAGUAUGAAGUCGACUACUAUGGGGUGUUGGAAGAAAUUCUGGAAUUGAAAUAUUACGGUCUUAAGGAUGCUAUUGUAUUGUUCAAGUGUCAUUGGUAUGAUACAUCAGAUAAAGGGAUGAAAGUGCAUAGGUUGGGUCUUGUAGAAAUUAAUCAUAAAUCAAAGUUAAAUACAAAUGACCCUUUCAUAUUGGCUGCUCAAGCCCAACAAGUGUACUAUAUCACAUCUCCUACCAUCAAACAUGAGAGGAAUGAUUGGGUCACAGCAUGCAAAGUGAAAGCUAGAGGAAAGUUUGACAUACCAUUCCUUGAAGAGCAAGAUGAAAAUGUUUCACCUAUUGUUGAGGUUGCUUAUCAAGAAGAGGAGAUAUCCCAUCCACACCUUGUUCUCACAGAUACAGAUAUUGAUGAUGAUAACAUUAUUUGUGAUGUUGACGAAGAGGAAUUAAAUUCAAUGGAAAUUGAGGAGCUUCGUCGUGUUAUGAAUGGCAAGCAAGUUAUUGCAGAUUGUGAAUCGCUGGAGGAAGAAUUUGAAGAUUUUGAAUCAGAUGAAGAAACACAAGAUGAAACGGAUCACGACUCUAAUAAUAGUGCUAAUGAAAUGGAAACUUAUAAUUAAAUAUAAGUGCUAUUUUGUUUAGCAUUAAUAAUAGUGUUAUUUCGAAGA